AGACUAACCCUCAUGCCUCCUAAUAUCUUGACACGGCAUUCUUGACACGUCACUUCCAGCAUCGUAAAGUGUGCCCACUGCCCAUAUCAUCAUGCGCCUCAACCUUGCCGCCGUCGCUGUGGCGUGCAUAGCCGCAGCUACUCAUGCAUCGCCGGCGACUUCCCCACAACGCGCAGCAGCAUCGGGAACGAAGGGAUGCGGCAAAACUCACUACUUUAACGGCAUCACGCAGUAUUUCGGCUUCAAGAGCAGUGGCCGCGAUCGGAAGUAUUCGAUCCAUCUUCCGGUCAAUUACCAAAAGUCGAAACCAUAUCCUCUCGUCCUCGGCUUUCAUGGAUCUGACAGCGUGGGUCUGUUCUUUGAGGCAGAUACCAAAAUGAGUGAGAGUCGGUUCAGUGGUAAUAAAAUCAUGGUUUACCCGGACGGUAUCGGGGGUGCGUGGGCUGGAGCCAACUACUCAAAGGUCUCCGUGGCAGAAGACUUGCAGUUUGUGGCCGACCUACUCGACGAAAUCAGGGGCGGAUACUGCAUUGACAACGACCGAAUUUAUGCGACUGGCAUGUCCAACGGAGGCGGAUUUGUAAACACCAUUGCCUGUAACGAAGUUGGAGGAGAAUUUGCCGCUUUCGCUCCAGCGUCAGGGUCUUACUACACUGACAACGAUGAACACCACGAUGAAUGCAAGCCAGCGAGUAGCCCGCUUCCUCUUCUGGAGAUCCAUGGUGGCAGCGACAAAAGCGUUCAUUACGAAGGCGGGGAAGGCGAAGGCGGGGAUGAACCGGCAAUUCCUGACUGGCUGAGUUGGUGGGCUGAACGGAAUGGUUGUACAAGCGUGGAGCAGGAUGAUAGCUUCAACGGCGAUGUCCAUCAUAUUACUUGGACGUGCGAUGGACUUGAGACUUUACAGCACUGGAAAGUUGACGACAUGGGUCAUUGCUGGGCUUCCACCGAGAUCAAUUUUUCCCAGAUUUCUGUUGGAGAGGGUCCGACUCAUAUCCAGGCCAGUGACAUUAUCAUGAAGUUCUUCGACCAAUUCUCGAAGCCGUGAGAACUCCACCGCGGCAUCUAGUAGCUGUCUCAUAAAACCUUUGGAGGCUACAGACUCUAGUUGAGCUCCACAGGGGGCGACGCGAGAGCUGUCCCCCCCCUAGCUCCGCGGACGAUUUUGUAUGGGCGGACCCACCCAAGACGACUCUUCCACCCUCCACAGCUCGACAACAGAAGCCUAUCUUUGAAAACUAAAUACGUAGAGGUGUAUAAAUUGGCCGUUGUUCAAUAUCGCACCAUUUGGAAAUCGACAAUUGCGUGUGCUGGCUAUUUUCUCUAUUAUUCUGGGUGGGGGACAGCUCUCACGUCGCCCCCCUGUGGCUCUCUUAUUAUUGCUGUAACGAGCAGCCGUGAGAGGAAGCUGUACAUAGCAAACAAUCAAAACUUCGUAAUCCC